AUGUUCUGGUUCCAGAUGUAUCAAAUGCUCCUAGCCAAGAUCAUCUCACCAGAUCCACCUCCUCCCGGGAAGAAACUACACAGACCUCGCGUCGCUAUUGUUGGAGCUGGGCUUACAGGUGUCUCUGCUGCAGCACACUGUGUCGGCCAUGGCUUCGAUGUUCACAUAUUCGAGGCAGGCCCUCGAGAGCACUUGGGUGGCAUUUGGGCCAAGGUAAACAAUACCUCCGGACUCCAAAUCCACUCGGUUAUGUACCGCUUCUUCCCUUCUGUCUUCUGGAACAAAGGCUAUCCCAACCGCAAAGAUAUUGUUGAUCAAAUCGAAAAGGUCUGGAAGACAUACAAUCUUCAAGACAAGACUUCAUUCAAUUACAAAGUCGAAUCAGUCAAGGAAGACGACAAAGGUCGAUGGAUCGUCAAUGGCAAUUCAGACGAAAAGUUCGACGGCAUCAUCGCCGCGGUUGGCAGCUGUGGUGACCCCAAGUCGCCUCAUGUACCUGGGCAAGAAAAGUUCAAAGGGCAGAUAUACCACUCCAGCGAACUUGACGGUAAAGAUGUCAAGGGUAAAACCGUCUUGAUUAUUGGUGGAGGUGCCAGUGCCAUUGAGGCUAUGGAGUUCACCACCAAAGAAAAGGCUAAGAAGGCAAAGAUUCUCUCGAGAUCUGAGAAGUGGAUCAUCCCUCGCAACCCAAUUAUCGACAUGCUACUCGCCUUCAACAUCCUUGGCCAGGAGACCAUGUUCUCAUGGAUCCCUGAGAGGCUUCUCAGAAAGUUCUUCUAUCGUGACUUGGCAGACAUCGCGCCUCCACCUGGCUCGGCCGGUCUCUUCGAGGAGACACCUAUGGUCAACAAUGACGUUUUGGAGCAGAUUCGAUCCGGCAAUGCCGAAUGGCUUCGAGGUGACAUCCUAGAAGUGGAAGAGAACGGUAUCAGAUUUAAUCGCCGCCAACAGGGUGUGCCCAAGAAUGGCCCUGGCCACGAGACGCUUGAACAAGGCGAAGUCAUCAUCAUGGCAACAGGAUACAAGCGUCCUAGCUUGAGCUUCUUGCCUCAAGAAUGUUUCGCUGAGCCUUACUCUGCACCUAACUGGUACGUUUCGUACCUUCAGACCUUCCCUCCGCAACACAAGUCCAUCUGUGCCAACAACUGCACCUAUGUCGGUGCAAUUGGUACCGUUGGCAACUUCCAUAUCGGCAUCUACACCCGCAUUCUGCUCAUGUUCCUCCUCGAUCCACUUACUCGACCUUCGACCUACUGGAUGCAGUUCUGGGUCGACAUGACCAGAUGGCUCAAAGCCCGUGCUCCUACCGGCGCAUUCGACUUCUUUACUUAUAGCGAGCUGAUUUGGUGGUUCUUCUUCUGUGUCACCAUUAACCCAUUCAGAUGGAAGUGGGCCAUCUUUGUGUUUACUGGCGUGGGCAUUGGCCUACCUUUGAAGGUCGUCGACAGGGAGGAGAAGAUUAGAAAUGGUCUUGGAAAGCCGGCGGAUCACAAGACACACACCUACUAG